AUGGGGGGCUCUUUGAAGGCAGGAUCAACCCCGGAUUUCAGUCGCUACAGGAAGACGAUUGACAAUUCUGGCGAUUCGUCCGACACCCAAUCAGUACAGACACUGCCCCAAAUCCCCGAAACCGAGACACGAUCAAAGCUCACCAAACCACCGACGGGUGGUCAUGGAAACACCCUAGGGACUGCUCCUGGGAAAGGGGCAGAACCGUCCCCACGAGAUGCAGCAAAAAAGGAUGAUGUGAUAAAGGUACGACCAAAGACACCAUCAAGCCAGCAGCCCACGGCAUCGUCAGGCUGGCUGGGGUGGUUUGCUAGAUCACCGGCGCCGGAGAAACGCUCCGAAAAUAAAGACAGACUUCUUGAUCAGCCUCCCGAGGAAACGGAGCCUGCGCGACCAGAGACUCUUAUCCCAAGCGAGACCGUACAAGCACCGCCACUGCCCCCAAGCACCCCAACGAGGACCAUUAGACAUUCGGCUUCAUGGUUUGGCCCAUGGUUCAGUAACACACCACCAGCCGAGGGCUACGCCGGUGAUGCCUCAGAAGAAGCAAGUACAGUUGUAUCAACGGCAAAAGACAGUCAAAACACAGUCAGUGAGGACGCGCCUCCCAUCAAAGCUGCGGCAGAACCGCAACCGUCUGCUGGCUCCACCUGGGCAUUCUGGUCUCGAGAUACCGGGUCGAGUUCUAUUGGGAGGUCAGCAGCACCUCGGGAGCAGGGCGAAUUGGCUGUUAUUGGUGAUGGAUCGGAAGCCAGCCCGAGGAGAUCGAACGGUGUCGAUGUCAAAGAACAUACUACUGUGAAGGAGCCACCGCUGAAGAAGGGGACUAAGGAACCAUCCGCGAAAGCGACUACAUCCAAAAAUAAUAAAAGGGUUAGGCCACUGUCAAUGGACCUUGACGAACCCUCACCCUUGAGACCAAGUACGCCAACUUCAAUCAAAGAUACACCCGGAAAGUCGGACACACCAGAUUCGACCAAGACGACCACUCCAAACCUCCUUCUUCCAUCCUUCAGAAACACCUAUCGUAUGAAGCAAAACCCGUCCAUUAUCAAGCAAAUCACCCAACUGCUGCUUAGAACGCAGCAACCACCUGCCAAUCAUGUUUACCUGGUAAAGGAUCCUCCUAAAAUCAAGAAGGCAAUCGCCAUUGGGGUCCACGGCCUCUUCCCAGCUACCUACCUGCGCCCCAUUAUCGGACAACCAACAGGGACUUCAAUUCGUUUUGCCAACCAUUGUGCCGAGGCAAUCCGGAGGUGGGCAAACAGCCACGGCUGUGGUGAUUGCGAGAUCGAGAAAGUUGCGCUCGAAGGUGAAGGCAAGAUUGCGGAGCGAGUUGACAACCUGUGGAAGCUGCUUCUAAAUUGGAUUGAGCACAUACGCAAUGCAGAUUUGAUUGUUGUGGCGUGCCACAGCCAAGGAGUCCCUGUCGGCCUCAUGCUUGUGGCUAAGCUGAUUGACCUUGGCAUCAUCACUACCGCCCGAAUUGGAAUUUGUGCAAUGGCAGGUGUUUCUCUUGGGCCAUUCCCAGACUACAGAAGUGGAAUGGGUAUGUUAAUGGGGGCGGGCGCGGAGCUUUGGGCCUUCGCCGACCCAGAGAGCGAAAUAACAAAGCGAUACGAGGAUGCUUUACAAGUAGUUCUUUCACACGGUACUCGGGUCACCUACAUUGGCAGUAUCGACGAUCAGCUGGUCCCAAUGGAAUCUGCGAUCUACUCACCGGCAUCGCAUCCAUACAUAUACAGGGGUGUCUUCAUCGAUGGCCGUACCCAUGCCCCCGAUUUCAUAGCACACCUAGUGGGAUUCGCGCUGAAGUUACGCAAUCUUAGUAUAUCAGACCACGGCCUUAUUCGUGAACUAUCCGUUGCCCUGGCAGGUAGCCUUUACUCUGGAGAAGGCCAUUCCCGCCUCUAUGACGAUGAACAGGUCUACGACCUCGCUAUUUCCCACGCGCUAGAGACCACCAUAGUAAACAAUGUACCCUGUCGUAUCCAAAAACGCGAGGGACUCACGAGCACCAACCCUUACGUCUUGCCCUGGAUCAUGCGUGGCCUACUAGAAGAAGACUUGGUCAAAACAGAGCUAUCAACCGAAACAGCGGAAUUGCUCAAGCAGUUCGAUGAAUGGAAACCCGUCACCAAGGCGUUGAAGGACGUCAAAUAUCGACUAGAGGCUGUGAGGUCGAAGUUGUAG